UGCCAAUAAGAAAUCGUUUGCGGGCAUAGACCGACCAUGCGCCUUCUUUAUCCCGGGCAAAUCGAAGAUGAUUGAUCCGCAGAAGUAUAUCAAGAAAAUGCGCAAAUACGUUAAACAAGAGAUUACAUACAGCGGCAGAACGUACCAGACACAUAUGGAGGUCAUCGAUAACUGCGACAUAUUCAUGAUGUGCACGCACACGUACAAGCAAAUAGGUGAUUGGAUCCGCAAGACGAACGUCGAUAGGUGA